AAAAAAAAAAAAAAAAUCCUUCAAUGAGAUCUAGAAGGGGAAACUUGUCAACCAAAUAUGCGGAAAAAGCCAUUUCACGUCACAUAAUCUAGAAAAUAAAAACUAGAGGUAACGUUUAAUUGGUGCUUAUCACCAACCAUUUCACGACGUAGUUUUUAGAAGCGAGAUCAUUUCUUUGUGUCAUAAUUUACUUUCUUUUCUUCGUCUCAAUUUUGAAUGGCUUCGUCAACUGAACGUUCGUCGUUGCUUCCUAUAGAUAUAAUAGAAGAAAUAUUUUGUAGGACUCCAAUCGAAUAUUUGACGCAGUUCAAGUUGACGUGCAAACAAUGGCACGUUCUCUUGAAGGACAAGAGAUUCAUCUACAAGUACUUGGAUCUUGUCCAAGAUCAAGAACGUUUCAUAAGAAUCGGACAUAAUGUUCAGAUCAUCGAUCCAGUGAACGUAGCUCGCUCAUCAUCACCAGUUCCAAACGUGAUUCAUAAUCUAGCUCAAAUCUCAGCUAUGGUCCAUUGUGAUGGAUUACUGUUAUGUAGAUGCAAGAACAUAGGUUCAAGAAGCUGCAAACUCGCAGUUUGGAACCCGUUUUUGAACCGAGUCAAAUGGAUCGAAUUAAUGGAUUUUUACUCGAGUAAUGACUUUUACGGUAUUGGAUAUGACAAUGCAUGUCGUGGUGAGUACAAAGUUGUGAGGAUUUUCGAUGGAGAGCUCGACGACGAGAGUGAAAUCACGAGUUCUUGUGAACCAAAGAUUCAGAUAUAUGAUUUCAAAACUGAUUCAUGGAGAGUACUUGUUGAUAACACUACUUUGGAUUGGUCUCUAGACCCGCCUUGCAAAGGUGUGUCUGUGAAAGGAAACAUGUAUUGGAUUGCUCAUUGGAACAAUAGACUCGAAAUUUUCAUCCAAAGUUUUGAUUUCUCGACAGAGACAUUCAAACUCGUUUGCGAUAUUCCAUUUAGAUGUGGUGUAUUAGAUACAGCAGCCUUAUCGAGUUUCCGAGGAGAUAGGCUUUCUUUGUUACAUCAACAUGGAGAAACAAUGAAGAUCGAGGUUUGGAUCACAAACAAAUUGAGCGAUGAGGUUGUCUCGUGGACCAAGUACUUAGACGUGAGUAGUCCUGAUCUCCCGACAUUACAUACCGAUCAAGAUCUCGCACAUCCGAGUUAUUUCAUUGACAAGAACGAUAGUAUCAUUGUAUGGUGCGAGGAAGAGACGGAAGAUGAAACAGAUGAUGAUGUUACCGUUAGAGUUUGCAAGAUUAGUAAAGAUGGGAUAGUUGAAAAACAAGUUGAUGCGGGACGAUGUGAUUUGCGUAGCGAUGAUAAGCCUUUUGUCUGCGGUUAUGUAUAUGUUCCAAGUCUGGUUCCGGUUCCAGAAUAAAAACUUGUGAGGGUUGAUACUUGGUGUCUGCAUAUUUUUCUGUUCUAAGCUUUGCUUUGUUGUAUUACUAUCAUGUUUAUAAGUGUUAGUAACGCUCACAGCUUAUAAAUGUUUCAGCUUCCUUUUUGAGGA